AUGAAAGCUGGAAGACCAACUUAUCGCGUGAAAGCUAAGUGGGUUACAUUCCAGGGUCCUGAAGACGAGACAUUUUUCGAACUCGAUCAAAGGGGAGAGCUCAUCAAAGUCAACAAGAAAGAACUGAAGCCACAUCACACCAAGAAAAUUUCUUGUUUGCCGGAAAGCUUAAGCAUCGCAGAUUACAUCAAAUCUGUUCAGACAUAUCAGCAACCAGCAGUUGUACCUUCAGCUCCUCUUCCUUCAAUUCCAAAUAUUGAAACCGCAAUUACUGUUCCAGAAAUGAAUAAAGCUUAUUCAGAAAUGGACUUUUAUUUUAACAACAGCAUCGAGGAUGAUACUGUUGUAGGCGAUUUCGCUGAUUUCAUCGUAUUUUAA